UAAGAAAUGUUUCUAUUAUUUUUACUUUUAUCGCAUUCUACUGAUGCAAAUGCUUUGCAAAAUGAUAAAGAAUUUUUAAUUGAAACAAAAAGUUUACCCAGUGACCUGAACUUUAUGCCGACAUUAAGCAAUGGACAUCUUGGGUACACAGUUUUCGGUAAUGCAAUUUUCAUGAAUGGCGUCUACAAUGGUCACGCCGGAGAUAGCCGACGCGCUCGUAUACCCAAUUGGCUGAAUGUAAGCGUUGAUGCUGUUUUUCAGCAUAAGACGACCGAAGAAGACCGCUUUAUUGGGUAUCUGUCCGACAACGCCACCGUAGAUACAGCUUAUACAUUAAAUUUGAGAGAUGGCUAUUUCCGUUGGCGACAAACCUACAGAAAUGCUACCGGCGCUUUACUGCUGCAAUUGGAGCAGCGGACAUAUGCACACCGCUUCUUCAAUCGCGCUUUGGUUUACGAGCUGCUGGUGCAGCGGGAACUAACCGAAGAGUCAUUAGCUUUGAACUUAAUACAAAAACCAGGCGCUGCUAGUGAGGCUUUUAAUUUCACGCUGGUUAAUCUAAACAAUCCGAGUUCAAAUGACAGUGUAGCCAUGAAAGUGCUUAAAGGUACCACAAGAGUCGUGGAGAAUGAACAAUUCCAAAAGGCAGCCAAAACAGUUUUUAUAGUUUUUAGUGAUAAUUUUACCAAUGAAAAAACUUUAGAAAUGUUACCUGGCCAACAACAACUCUACUACCGCUUCAUAAUAACGGCAGAUGAAGUGGCGACAAAUGCUGUAUGGGAAAUGCAAGAGGUUUUGCACCUUGAACCAAUAGAAAUGCUGAGAACUCAUGCCAGCGAAUGGCAAAAGUUUUGGCAAGAAUUCAACAUAACCAUACAAGGAAAUCUGGAAUUAUCCAAAACCAUCAACGCUGGUAUAUUUUACCUGUCAAGCUCCUUACCAGCACUCAAUACAAAUCAAGCAAAUAAAAUUUAUUUUGGUCUUAGUCCAACUGGACUAGGCAGAGGUGAACUCGAUGCUGAUUACGAGGGUCACAAUUUUUGGGAUACAGAAAUUUGGAUGCUGCCUGCAGUUACGCAAAUGUCCACUAAGUGGGCAGAGGCUCUAUUAAAGUAUCGUCUUAAACACUUAAGUGGCGCACGUUUUAAUGCAGAAACUACGGGUUAUAAAGGGGCAAGAUUUCCGUGGGAAAGCGCCUUUACGGGUACUGAAGUCACAAAUCCAUGUUGCCCUGAGGUGGCUGCGCAAGAAAUCCACAUUUCGGCCGAUAUUGCCUUUGCGUUGCAGCAGCAUUUCGCCAUAACCAAUGAUCGUGUUUGGCUAUGCGCAGUAGCUUGGCCACUUGUGCGAAAGAUUGCAGCGUUUCUGGAGGAUCGCGUUCAGCUGGAUGCAAAAACGCAAAUAUAUCACGUUAGAACUGUUAUGGGACCGGAUGAGGAUCAUUGGAAUAUUGACGACAACGUUUAUACCAAUGUUGUUUUCAAAAUUGCUCUAGAAUUUGCCAGUCUUACCCAAGCGAUCUGCAGUGCAAAAAAACUAUCCAACCAAAAUUGGAUAAAAAUUGCUAAGAAUCUUAUUGUGCUGUAUGACGAGGAACAAGAUUUUCACCCCCAACAUUUUGGAUAUAAAAAGUUCGAAAUUGUGAAACAAGCUGAUGUUAUUCUCAUUGGUUAUCCUUUACAAUAUCCCAUGAAUGUUUCCACACGCCUUAACGACUUAGACUACUACGUAAAUGUAACACGAACGACUGGUCCAGCAAUGACUUGGUCCAUGUUCGCAAUUAAUUUCUUAGAUGUCAAAGAAACUGAUAAAGCUGAUUACUAUUUUAUGAAAGGCUAUAGGGAUUAUGUCAGACCAGAAUUUAAGGUAUGGAGUGAGAGAGCUCUUAACUAUUCUGGAUCAGCAAACUUUUUAACCGGUAUUGGCGGAUUUCUGCAAGCGAUAAUUAAUGGUUACGGUGGUAUUCGUUUUUAUAGAAAAUUUGAUAAAUCAGUUAUGGAAAUAAAUUCACGUUAUUUAUUGCCUAGUACUGAAGCGUACUCUUUAAACGGAAUUAAGUUUGCUGAUGCUGAAUUUUCACUCAAUAUCUCAGCAAUCGCUUCAACUAGGUUAAGAUGUUUGAAAAUAGGAAAAUUCGAAUUGGAAUUAAUUUUAUCUGAUACAACAUAUAAAAUUUACGAAGGAUAUUCAAGUAAGUGA